GUCAAUGGGGCGUGGACCUAUUCCGUUCGCAGCUGGAAUCUCGAGUGGAGCGCCCCGUCCGUAUUGUCUGAGUGAGGAAACGGAGGGUGGUGGGCUAGGAUAGACUGUAGACGACGCAGCUGUUGCUAUUGUACUACGCUUGGGAAGCACCCUCCGGGAAACAACGGCAAGUAAUUAUCUUCGUUGACAAUGACUAUAGCGACAUCAUCAUAAACAUAGGAAUUAGAAAAUAGAAUUGAAAAAGUAAAUCAAUGGUACAGAAAAGUAGUAUGUCCAGRACGCCUUCGACCUCAACCCAGGAGAUCCAAAUGGACAUGUUUGAUCAACAUCCACACGGACAGGGAAAGUAUUCCAAACGGAAGAGCCGCUUCAAGCGCUCGGAUGGAAGCACCUCCUCUGACACCACCUCCAACAGCUUUGUCCGGCAGGGCUCUGCCGACUCCUACACCAGCCGGCCGUCGGACUCAGAUGUGUCCCUGGAGGAGGACCCAGAGGCGCUGCGGAAGGAGGCAGACCUACAGGCCCUCGCCACCCUCGAGAAAGCCAAGACCAAACCAGUAGCCUUCGCUGUGCGGACCAAUGUGGGCUACAGCUCUGGGCCCAACGACGACGUCCCAGUGCAGGGCAUGGCCAUCUCCUUUGAAGCCAAAGACUUCCUACACAUCAAAGAGAAGUACAAUAAUGACUGGUGGAUUGGGCGUCUGGUGAAGGAGGGCUGUGAGGUGGGGUUCAUCCCCAGUCCAGUCAAACUGGAGAACACCCGGCUACUGCAGGAGCAGAAGAUGAGACAGAACCGCCUCAGCUCCAGGAUAUCCAUCACCCGGGUGACCGCAGACAUCUCCCUCGCCAAGCGCUCGGUCCUCAACAACCCCAGUAAACACACCAUCAUCGAGCGCUCCAGCACCCGCUCCAGCCUGGACGUGCUGGCGGAGGUGCAGAGUGAAAUUGAGCGUAUCUUUGAGCUGGCCCGCACCCUGCAGCUGGUUGCGCUAGACGCAGACACCAUUAACCACCCCUCUCAGCUGGCUAAGACCUCCCUGGCUCCUAUCA